UACACGUGAUUGUUGAUGUGAAGGUUAUCCAACAAAAUAUUGCAUAAAAGCUCCAAAAUCAAGAUAAAAUGUCCUGGAUUUUUGGUGUAAAUAAGCCCCAAAAUGUGCCCGACCUUUCAAGCUUAGGUUUACCCGCACCACCACCCGAUGACGAUGGAAAAGGAGGUGGAAAAGUGGGUGGCGGUGGUAGCUCGUCGGACAAGUCGAAAAUGGAAGCAUAUCGCUUCGAUUCGGGCGCAUUGGAAAGGGCUGCAAAAGCGGCGAAGGAUCUGGAAAAAUCACCGCAUGCCAAGGAAGCCUUGGAACUCUCUCAGAUGCAGGAAAGAACGCGGCAGGUGGACAUGCAGAAACAGAUGAAGGAAUUUGAAGCGCAGGCAGAGCAGUUGAAGAUAGAACAAUCAAGGGUCAUGCAGGAAGAACGGAGAAAGACAAUGGCGGAAGAGACGAAACAGAAUCAACUGAGGGCAGAAUAUCAGGACAAGUUGGCAAGGAGGCGAUACGAAGACCAGUUGGCUCAACAGGCGCGGAUGAAUGAAGACAAUUUGCGAAAACAAGAGGAAUCGGUCCAGAAGCAAGAAUCUAUGAGAAGAUCUACUGUAGAACAUGAGGCUGAACUACGCCACAAGAACGAGAUGCUUCGAGUUGAGGCCGAGUUGAAGGGCAAGGCCAAGGUCGACCGAGAGAACCAGGAUUUGAACUUGGAGCAGAUUCGAGUGAAGGCACGAGAACAUAGGGAAACGAUCAUGGAGUCAAUUAAAACUGCAGGUUCCGUCCUGGGCACAGGGUUUCAAGCGUUUAUAUCCGACUGGGACAAAAUCUCCGCCACAGCCGCUGGACUGACCAUGCUUGCAGUUGGUGUGUACACUGCCAAAUUUGGUACCGGUGUUGCUGCUCGCUUCAUCGAGGCAAGACUUGGCAAGCCAUCUCUAGUCAGGGAAACAUCAAGAUUAACGGCGAUAGAGGCAGUUAAGCAUCCCGUCACGACUGUCAAACGACUGUGGACCAACCCUCAAGACGCCCUCCAGGGAAUCAUUCUAGAACCACGUCUCGAGCAGCGUCUCCGCGAUAUUGCUAUCACAACGCGUCAUACGAAAAAGAAUAAGGGCUAUCAUAGGAACAUUCUAUUCCAUGGUCCACCCGGAACAGGAAAGACUAUGUUCGCUAAAAGUCUUGCGACGCACUCGGGGAUGGAUUACGCAAUCAUGACUGGAGGUGACGUGGCUCCAAUGGGAAGGGAUGGUGUUACAGCGAUGCAUAAGAUGUUUGACUGGGCCAAUAGUAGUAGGAGGGGGUUAUUACUCUUUGUAGAUGAAGCAGAUGCCUUUCUUAGGAAAAGAAGUACAGAACAAAUCAGUGAAGAUCUUCGAGCAACGUUAAACGCAUUCCUCUAUAAAACAGGAGAACAGUCACAGAAAUUUAUGUUAGUACUAGCCAGUAAUCAACCUGAACAAUUUGAUUGGGCCAUCAAUGAUCGUGUGGACGAAAUUGUUGACUUUGUGCUUCCCGGUAAAGAGGAAAGAGAACGAAUGGUGCGACUUUAUUUUGAGAAGUUUGUACUUCAGCCAGCCACGGAAGGCAAAAAACGGUUGAAGGUAGCCCAGUUUGACUACAGUGCCAAAUGUACAGAGAUUGCAGCGCGAUGCGAGGGUUUGUCUGGACGAGAGGUCUCUAAGCUUGGAGUAGCCUGGCAGGCAAGCGCGUAUGCCUCAGAAGAUGGCAUCUUAACGGAACAAAUGGUGGAUGACCGUGUGUCAGAUGCGAUUGAACAACACGCCAAGAAAGUUACAUGGCAGAAGGAAGAUUCGUUACGACCUGGUCAACAAACCGAUACCUACGUCUCACCGAAACAGGCUGCCUCAUUACACCCAAAUUUGAAACCAAGUACAUGAGGAUAGUGUUUACUAGGUUAUUUUAAAAUGCUAAUCAAUCGAUGUGAUAGAAUUAGGUUCAACACAAACGGGCGACUAAAUUGAGAACUCUUAUGAUGUUAUGUUGACCACGACUUUAGUCACCAGUGUGAGCGGAACUUUGGGGGUGAAGACCGAAGCAGGGGAGGACAAUAAGUCACUGUAAACCGUGAAAUGUUCUCGAAUUCUCAAUCCGGCGGCUCUGGCAAUAGCUCAGCCAUUAACGUUAACUUCUAACUUGUCUCUUUACCUCAAAACUUUACAUUUGUAUAUUUGGCGUAACUGCAGGGGCUGUCACGCUUAAUGUAUAGACGAAGUGAAGUUGGUCUUGUAGGGCAAUCCGCCAUGUUAAAACAACUGCAAAGAUUUUCUGGGCUUAAGUAUUUAUACGUGGAACAGCCUUCACAACUCCCAACACAUUGGUUGAUAUGAAUAAAGUCUAGCAAAUGCUUUUACUUCAAUUUUGUACAGAAAGGCCCAGUGUAAAUGUACAUGGAGUUAUAGAUAAAAGCAUUUGCUAGUCUUUAUAUAGAUCACCCAAUGUAUAUGUUGUCUGGGUUAUGAAAGUCGCCUGUUGUUGAGCAAUCGCGUAGUUACACCCAUUUACCAAAAAUCUUCCCCGAGCAGUGUCUUGAGUUUACAACGAUACAGUUGAUCUUUGGCAAGUACACCUUUUGGCUGUAUUUUCCAAUUGGGAUAGAUAUUCACAAGAACACUGAUGAGUAAACAGAAAGUGCACAUCCCCAAGGCUCAGAGAAGAGUUUACCUUACUUGGGACAAACAUGUGGGAUUGCAUUGACUUGAUUGGAUUUUGUUAUUGUAGGUUUAUAAGAAUUGGAAUAUAGUGUGAAAGGGAUCAGAAUAAAAAUGAUAAU